AUGAGGGCAAAACGGUCAAAGAAGUAUCGCAAGCUUAUGCACCAAUAUGAGCUCACAUUUGGCUUCCGCGAGCCCUAUCAAGUCCUCGUGGAUUCGAAUCUCCUACGCGCCAUAUACUCCUUCAAAAUGGACCUCGUGCCUGCCCUCGAACGAACGCUGCAAGGCAAAGUAAAGCCAUUUAUUACAAAAUGCUCUCUCGCAGCCGUCAUGGCUUCGUCGCCCCCCCAACCAAACUCCAGACCAAACACGCGCCCACCACACCUCCCGCCACCAACCAUCCUCCCCCUCCGCUACUGCUCCCACAACGAAGAAUCCAAAACAAUCGACGAGGUCGACUGUCUCCUCUCUCUCCUAUCGCCCAGUUCUGAGCUGAAGAAAAAUAAAGAGCACUACAUCUUGGCCACUGCGGACCCGUCGCCGGCUUCCGAGUCGACAGCUAGUAAUAAUCGUAACCAGCAGAAAUGGAAGUCUGCUGCGACUCCGGCUCAGGAGGCGCCGGCAAAUUACCUGCGGAGAGGGGCACGGCAGAUUCCCGGUGUCCCCAUUAUAUAUGUGAAGAGAUCUGUGAUGAUAUUAGAGCCGUUGAGUAAUUCGUCGGAGGGAGUAAGGGAAGGGGUUGAGAGGGGGAAAUUCAAGGCUGGUGUUACUAAGAUUGUGGCGGGGAAGAGGAAGAGGGGCGAUGAUGGUGAUGAUGAGGAGGCGGGGGGGGAUAGGCCUGGACCCGUGAAGGGAAAGAAGGCGAAGAAAGUUAAGGGACCUAAUCCGCUGAGUGUAAAGAAGCCGAAGAGCAAGAUUAAACCAACUAGUAAAGAUGAUGGUAGAGAAGGGGAGGAGGACAGAGGAGUUGGUGGAGUCGAGCAACACCCUGCAUCCGAUUUCAAGGGCGCGGAUAGAAUGGAGCCUUCGAAUGCCGGCGGAGAACCAACCGGGAAGACAAAGAGGAAGAGAAGGCAUAAAUCUCGUAAAUCGGAUAAGGCAGGGGAGGCUGGCGUGACGCAAUCGGAUGAGCCUUGCUCUUGA